CUUUGCAUCUGUGAAUAUUAAAUGUGUUUCUUUUGUCGAACUCGUACAUAACAAUAUAAAUUUGCGAUUGACGACGUGAAAAAAAUACGAAAACGUCUCUUGAGAUUUGCGAAUAUUAUGGAUGCACCCGAAACAUCAAGUGCAGCAACAAGUAAGUCGCAUCAAAAUCAUCCACAACAACAAUUGAAUCGGCAGCGUCGUGAAUUUAAUCCAAAGACACAUUCAUUAAACAAAAGACCUAUAUCGAAACCGAUCCAUCGAAAGUGUGACAUUUAUGUGUCCAACAAAUCGAAUUUUCAGGCGCAGAUGAAACAAUGCCAAGAGCUAUUGGAAACUGAAGCAAUUGGCGAAAUUUACUUGCAUUGCUUGGGUAAUGCGAUUAAACGUGGAAUCACAUUGGCACUGAAACUCGUACAGGAAUCAGAAAACCGAUUGGGUUACGAAGCGAAUACAUCGACCAUUGAUUUAAUUGAUGACUUGCAUCCAUUGAAUGAUGAAGAAGACUUUUCCAUUCAGAAGCGAAAGAACUCGUGUUUACACAUAAGAAUUUUCCGACAUUCAAACAACUUGAAAAAGGCUCAGGCAUAGAUACACUCUUCAACUCUAUCCAAACGGAACGCUAUAGUUAAGAACAAUGUUUGAAAUUCAUGAACUUGUGCAGUGGUUAGGUUUAGCUGAAUUUGAAAUAUUUACGAAUUUAGUUGCACUAUUUAUAUUUUCCAUAAUCCUUGCGGUACGACUAGCCGGAGAUGUAUCCGAAGAAUCAAUGGAUUGGUUUACCGUUUUCUCGCCACUUUUUUGCGGUGACAUUUGCAAUAGUUAUUUCAGUAUAAUAGUUGGCAUUCGUAUGUAUUUAGAUAAUGAUAACAAACGGAAAGCGCUACAACGACUAUUGUGGAGUGUAAAAGUGCUGGUCUUAACGGGUGUUUUCAAAUAUUUGCUAUGUCUUAAAUUGUCCGGUGCACAAAAUCUAGAGUAUAGCGAAGUUUUUGCACCAAUUUUUGUACUACUUCAAUUGAUAGCCGUGCGUGCGUGUCAGCUGUCAAGUUCAUCGUAAAAUAUUUCGCUUCUAUAUUCUAAGCAUGUAUAAAACUGAUUCUAUGUUAAUACGACCACAUAAAAUAAACCAAACUGCACAUUAUGGAAUGAAAAUAA